AUGCAGGACAAGUUGUUCCAACCGAAGAACUCUUCUCAGGAAAAAAUAGCCAUGUCAACAUUUAAAAUAUUUGAUAUCAUGUAUUUAACUCACAUGAUAGGACCUACGAUUUGUGUAAUAUUUUUCGCCGUGUAUCCUCUUGCAGAAAUGAAACAAACUAAAAACAAGACUUUACCCUUCAACGGCUGGUACCCGUUUGAUUAUAAAAUAUCGCCGUUUUUUGAAUUAACCUAUUUUCAUCAGCUGGUGGGUUCUUUCAUAGCCGCUCAGACUCAGGUCAAUAUAGACUGUUUAGCUAUUUAUAUGAUCGCAAUGCUUACCGUUCAAGUGGAUAUUUUAGCAGACAAUGUAAGAAAUAUUUCUGCAAAAAAUGAAGAGAAUGAAAGAGAAAAAAGUAUGGAUUCACAUUUGUUUGAUUGCAUAAAACAUCAUACGGAGAUUUUGACUUGUUUUUACGACGUUUAUAAGAUUUUAAAUCUUAUUAUGUUUGGACAAUUUAUUAUGACUACCACUUCGCUGUGUUUGUCCCUACUUGCGUUGUCUGAAAUUAGUCCAGACAGGAAGAAGAUAGAAUAUCAGAAAGAGAGGACGCAGAUGACUAAAAGUCAAGUUGAAAAUCAAAAUGAAGAGCUGAUUACGAAGUUAGUGAUGAACAAUGCACAAUCAGUUAAGAAGUCCUGGUAG